GAUACUUUGGAAAUUCAUCAUAUAAAAACAAAGUUGUACCAAAGAAAAAUAUCUUAUCAAAAAUCAAAAAUUAUUGAAAAUGCUACCAAAAAUCAUGAAUUUUAUCAAAGCAAUACAGUUUAUGUUCCAACAA